UGUCCACAGUCAAGACACGGAGACUUUCCUCUCUCCAGUAAUUUCAAUUCUCACAGCAGGUUGAAAAGCUUUCUGAUGUGAAAAGCUUUCAAUUCUCAGGAAAAUCGUGAAAAAUGGAGGAUAAGGAGCCGAAGAACCGCAGAAGAAGCGGCCACGCUCUGACUCUGAUAACUCGAAACGGAUUGAUGCUGCACUUCUCCAGUAUCAGAAUCAGAGACUUGUUCAGCAAUUAGACUUGCAGAAGCAGGAGUUGCUUGAUCUGGAAGUCAAAAUGAAAGAGCUGAGAGAUAAACAAGCCUCUUAUGAUUCAGUGUUGAUUACAAUUAAUAGACUCUGGAAUCAGUUAGAUGGUGAACUAAUCCUUCUGGGAGUACGAGCUGGGGCUGGUAAAACAGCUCUGCACAGUUCUGAUCAAGUUGAUCGAUUACAAGGUCCAAUGCCAUCAUGUCGUGCAGAAGAUAUUUUUCUUUGCAGGCUACUGCAAACAAAUGCAAUUGAAAGCACCGGAAGUGAUGGAGCUAAUGGAUAUAUCAAAGAAGGCCUAGCUCGGCGUCAGGCUUCUACAAGGGCAUUGAUGAAAUUGUUGGAAGAUGCUAUUGAAGCUCAGAGAGCUAAAAUAGAGAACAUAUCGCAGGCUUUUCAUGGAAAAUCAUCUGCAGAAGAUUUUGUGCUCAUACUGGGAAAGAUUGAUGCUUUAAUGAAAGAGGAAGUUGAUAAUCUGCACAAGGUGAUGGAUAUCCUUCAUGUGAAGCAUAAAGAAUAUUUGAUGAGAUCCAGACCUGUAUUGAGAACAACUCAGUUGAUCAAUCAGAGAUAAAGAGACUUAAUGGUGAGCUGGAAGAAAGCAUGGCAGAACUUGAGGAGAGUAGAAGAAAGCUUGUGAAUCUGAGAAUGCAGAAAGAGGGGCCUUCUGCAGUACAAUCCCCCAUAUCAGUUGUUGCAAAUGGAACUGCAUCUCCUGAAAAACCUGCAGACAGGGCCAAACGUUUACGAGGACUGAAGGAUUCGAUUGAGGAGACAAAGGUGUUGCUCUCUUUCUCUGUGAUUGUGCGUCUCAAUGAUCGUCUUGCCGAGGUUCAAGAGAUGCAGGAAGACAAUCUCAGCUUGUUAAAGCAGUUGCAGGACCUUCAGAAUGAACUGAAGGAUGAUAAAUGUGUGUAUUCUUCUCGUCCUUACACCUUACUGAAUGAUCAGCUCCAGCACUUGAAUUCUGAAGCCGAUCGGUACAAAGUGCUUGCAGAGUCAGUGCAGGCUGAGAGAUCUUUGAUAAUCCGAAGGGAGAAGGAACUUUCUGUAAAAGCAGAAUCUGCGGAGGCUGCAAGAAAGGGGGUUGAGAACUUAGAAGCCAAGAUUGAGGAGUUAGAGAAUCAACUUCAUAAGUCGAUUGUUGAGAAAAAUGAGCUGGAGGUUAAGAUGGAAGAAGCUUUGCAGGAUACAGGUAGAAAAGAUGUUAAAGAAGAGUUUCAGAUUAUGGCUUCUGCUUUAUCAAAGGAAAUGGGAAUGAUGGAAGCUCAAUUGAAUCGGUGGAAGGAGACAGCCGAAGAGUCCCUUUCCUUGCACGAAGAAGUCCAGUCGCUGAAAGCUUUGGUGGACAGUAAGACUACUGAAGAGAAAGACUUGGCUGAUAGAUGUGCACAUCAAAUGGGAGUGAUCAAGUCUUUGAAGGCAUACAUUGAGAAGAUGCAGAAGGAAAAAGAAGAGCUACAAAUAUUUGUGGACAUGCUUGGUCAGCAAAUAUAUGACAAUAGAGAUGUGAAGGAAAUUAAAGAGUCGGAGCAAAGAGCGCAUGCUCAAGCUAAAAUUUUGAGAAAUACUUUAGAUGAACACGGCCUUGAAUUGAGAGUGAAGGCUGCUAAGGAAGCUGAGGCAGCUUGUGAGGAAAGGCUUGCCGCUGCUGAAGCCGAGAAAGCUUCUUUGAGGGAUGAAGUAGAUGCCUGUGACAGGGAUGUUUUAAAGCUUCAAGAGGCUAUCAAACUAAAAGAAGCUGAGGCAGAAGCAUAUAUUUCUGAAAUUGAGACUAUUGGUCAAGCAUAUGAAGAUAUGCAGAUGCAGAACCAGCGUCUCUUACAGCAGGUGACUGAAAGGGAUGAUUACAAUAUUAAGCUGGUAUCUGAGAGCGUGAACGCAAAGCAGGCACACAAUUUGUUAUUGUCUGAGAAGCAAGCAUUAAGCAAGCAACUUCAUCGAGCUAACGCAAUGCUGGACUCUCUGAAAUUGAGAAUUUCUCAAUGUGAAGAGCAGGUCAAAGUUCAUCUGAUGGAAGCUUCAAGGUACAUAGAAGAAGAUAGACAGCUUGCAGCAGACCUAGAAACUUCAAAAAGGGAACUAGUGGAUGCUGAGAAGGAAGUUAAAUGGCUGAAAUCUGCUGUUGCAUCAUCUGAAAAGGAAAAUGAGCAGAUUGAACGAAAGAAGGCUGAACUUCUAUUGGAAUUGGAGAGUGAGAGAGAAGCAAGGAAGAAGAUUCAGGAAGAGAUUGCCACAUGGAACAAAUCUAUCGAUGAGAUGACUUCUGAGAAUGAGGAAGCUGAAAUUCUGAGACUUCAGGACGAAAUUAAGGAGUGCAAAGCUAUUCUCAAGUGCGGGGUGUGUUUUGAUCGUCCUAAGGAGGUUCUUAUUGCCAAGUGUUAUCAUCUAUUUUGCAAUCCAUGCAUCCAAAGAAAUCUAGAGAUCCGCCAUCGAAAGUGUCCAGCUUGUGGAAUGGCAUUUGGGCAAAGCGAUGUUAAAUUUGUAAAGAUUUGAAGGCACGUAGUUAAGAUGUCUAAAAUAGAACUCAGUUUUCAAGUGGAAACCUUGAGAUAAUAUGUAAUUUUGUGGAGGACUGCAUCCCCAGGAGAAGCUAUUUAGAUUACAGAAACUCUCGGUCUAAAUUCUC